AUUUGAAAGGUUAGGACAGUUAUUCAGGAAUUUCACUAGUGACAUGACAUUAAAUUUAUUGACACAGCAGACUGUAUUUAUAGUAUAGGUGUUAUUACUAAAGGACAAGAUGGCUUCAAGUGCAGGAGCGAAAGGUGAUUCAAGCAUUGCACAGGACAGUGUUAUCGUGUCCCGUAAUAAAAUAAAAUAUAUCAAUGCUAACUUCAAGAAGGUCUCGGCCAUUAUGUAUGACUAUAAAUGUGAUGUGAAAUUGAAGUGUGGGAAUCUCAACUUUAAAGCUCACCGCGAUGUACUAUCAGCGGCCAGUGAUUAUUUCUCCGCCAUGUUUAGCCAUAAUAUGAAAGAAAAAGAGCAAGAUGUGAUCGAACUACAUGGUAUUAGUCCGGCUGGAAUUUCAGUCAUAUUUGAUUAUUUUUAUCAUGGGUUUGUUACAAUCGAUCCAAAAAACAUAGAAGAUAUUCUGGAAGCUGCCCGAUUUUUCCAGGUUCAGUGGUUGGUUGAUGUCUGCUGUAAGUUUUUGGUGCAUCACCUCAGUAUUGAUAACUACAAAGAAGUCAUCCAUCUUUCAGAUAAAUAUUUUCUAGGUGAUCUUCGUACUGAUAUAUUUGGAUUUCUUGGAAACAAUAUUAUAGAACUUGCAGGUACUCCAGAGUUCUUCCAAAAUUUAUCUCUCGAACUUCUUACACAAUUUCUAAAAGAGGACAUUUAUGUGGAAGCAACGGAAGAUUUUUUGCUGUAUAUCUGUCACAAGUGGGUGAAAGCCGACUUAGAAAAAAGAAAACCCUAUCUGAAGACAUUGCUAAGAUUGAUUCGAUUUCCACUAAUUGAUCCAGAAGGAAUUGAAAGAAUGCCUAAGGACUUCCUGGAAUUCCCAGAAAUUCAGGAUGCUGUUGAAGAAGCUAAACAUUAUUUGAAUAACAUAGCUGCACAGAGCCUUCACAAUGGAGAGAGAUUUCAGGCCAGAGGUUCCAAAUUGGUAAUAACUGGAAUGGCUUUCUUAGAAGAACAUAACGAAUUAGUACACAAAUAUUUACCAUUUGAUCAGAAAGAACUAUGUUAUGAACAGUUAGGAGAUGUUGGUUUAGGAAUUGACUUUGAAUAUGCAAGCACAGCUCAGAUUGGUAAUUUCAUGUAUGCUGUAGGUGGCUACGGGGAUGACUACAACAGCACUAAUAAUAUGUUUAGAUUUGAUCCCAGAACGAGAGCAUGGACGGAAUUGGCUGCUAUGGCACGUCCCCGUAGUUCUGCCGCCAUGUGCAGUUCCAACACUCAUCUGUUUAUCUGUGGCGGGGUUGAUCAUCAGUUUAAGGAUGAGUCGGAAAACGAGGAGAUUCUCAAAUCAGUGGAAACAUACGAUCCAUCCACCAAUGCUUGGGUUCCAUUACCUGAUCUAGUCUACGGUUCGUUUGCUCAAGCUUUAGCCUACCAUGACAAUUAUCUCUACAUUAGCGGAGGUAUCAGUGCCGAUCCCAGUGACCCUGUUCCCAUCAUGUCCGUGUUCAAGUUAAAAAUUGGUGACGUUGGUUGGGAACCAGUUCGGGAGAUGUUGUAUCCGCGAUUAGGACAUAGUUUAACAACAGUAGGCAACAAGUUGUAUUGUAUUGGAGGAAAAGAGGGGGGUCAAGGAGGAGAUGGGGGUCCAUUUGUAAAUUGUCUUACAAACGAAGUUUAUGACAUUGAAACCAACCAGUGGACUGAGUUAUGUAACACUCCCGAUAUAUUUGGAAUGAUAUUGAAGACAGUCGUCCCCCACGAAAGUAAACUUUAUAUUCUCGGAAUCGUUCCAAAAGAUAAUCAGCAAAUACAGGUUAAUUUAAAUUAUUAUGAUAUUCAGAAGAAUGAAUUUGAAAAUGGUGAGUCGCUGGUUCCAGGAUUUUGUAAAAUUGGUUUGUUCUUAAUGGCUCUUCCUCAAGAAUCUAACUACUAAUUCUUAUCUGUGGUCCUUACUCCACUCGGGCCUUAUUCAACAAAACUUAAACUAAAAUAUUUCAAGAAUUUCGCUUUUUCUUUGGCUAACCGCUAAAAUUUGUGCUAUGAUUUUAGUGCUCUGCCAAUAAAUAGUCAUUAUUCUUAACUCUUGGCCAGCAAAAAGGACACAUUUUUUAUUAAAAUAAUUUAGCUUAAUCCUUAAACACAAUCUGAUUAAAACACAGAUCCUAUUUCGUUUCACAUUUUAUAGUUCAAAAUUUUGUUUUUACUUUACUACACUAGGAUCUGGAAGAGUUGUUAUAUAAACCACAUUCUGGAUGAUGUGAGGGAUUGGCCAAUGUAUCGAUGUGUAUUUUAAUCAGAUUGGCUUAAACAGGCAUUAUGCAAGUGGUAAAUCUGCCUAUUGCAGGUCUUUUUUUAGGCCUGAAAUGUUAUAUAAACUAUUACAUGUAAUUAGACAUUUAUUAACAUGACAAGACCAUUAUCAGAUGGUUUAGAUUAUAAGUUGAAUAGAACGGUUUGGCCGUGGCCAUUUAAUGAUUUAAUCUCAAAAAGUGAAGUGAAGCUAAGUCUCGAACAACCAGUACGCAUAUCUUGUCAACCAUUCAAAGGCUAAUAUCAUCACUCAGAAUAAAGUAAUUGAAAUGAAAUUUCAAUGUAUUAAUUUUGCAUUAUCUAUUUUUGAAAUAUUUUAGCAAGUACUGUCAGUACUGUCAAAUCUUACCGACAUGUAAUUCCGCUUUAAGUUUUCUUAUGACCCCUGUACUUCAUCAUUACAAGUUUCUGGUAGCAUGCAUAAAGAUGUGUACAUAUACUGUGUAAGUCUUAGUUACGUACUUUUUACGUAACAAUGCCCUGCGGUACAAACUAAAGUAUAUCUAAAUAUAUGUUUACUACCAAGAUACAUGUAUUGUAACGUGAGCAUUACUUUGAAAUAUGUAUACCGUAAUAUCGUGAAGUUGGCUUAGAAACAAAUCUAUAACACAAAAUUAUGGGUGCUGACAAAUUGAAUAUGUGCUUUAGUUUUAUUCUAUUUAUUGUUUUCAUAAAUUAAAUAUGUUACAUAUGUUGUUUUCAGUUUAUAAUAGACUACAUUAUACUUGUUAGUAAAUUGUUUCUAGUUUCAACCAAACUAUAUAUGGUAUAUAGCCAAGAGAUAUAUAUAUACCCUCCACCCCACACACUGUAUUUAAUAUAUUGACAUAGUUAAGUAGAUAUUUAGUUUGAACUUCAGUUCUCUUAGUCACUGCAGUUGUAGUUAUAGGUUGAGCAUUGCAGUUUGGAUUAUACAUUGUAGGUAGGUAGGGCCUAAUGAAAUGGGUGGGGGCUGACUGGGCUCCAGCCAGGAGCUCCUAGAUUAGUUCUAAAACAACAAUGUUGGAGAUGAUAAAUAAAUAUGGUAUAUAUGCCUCCUUUUCAUUGUUGUUGCAAGGGCUCCAGUGACAUUUUCAGCAAUGGCUCCAUGCAGGCUUAAUCCGUCCCUGCAUGCAGGUUGUGCUUUGCGGUUUGAAUUCUAAAUGUAGGUUGUGCAUUGUAGUUUGACAUAUAGGUUGUGCAUUGCAGUUUGACAUAUACUAUAUAGGUUGUGCAUUGAAGUUUGAAGUAUAAGUUGUGCAUUUUUAGUUGUUCCAUUUUGAGUUAUAGUUUGUGCAUUAGUGUAGCGUUGUGAUAUUACAAAUAUUUAAAUACAAUGUAUUAUUAUUA